AUGCUCCAGCCACGGAUACGUACCUUCCUACCCUUCCGCCAGCCACCUUCUCGUCUACCCCGUCAAGGCCGCCCCUAUUCUUCUACCUCCACCUCCUCCACCUCCUCCACCUCUUCGACCCCCCCACCUCCUCGCCCAAACCGCUUCAGCGCCUACCUCACCCAACUACGCCUCCAACACCCUCACCUAGACCCCGCUUCCCUAAUCGCCUCCUUCCUCAUCCUGCACGAACUCACCGCCAUCGUGCCUCUCCUCCUCGGCUUCUGGGGAUUCAAAUCCCUUGGAUUGGGUCAGGCUCUAGUCGAACAAGUUCAGCAUAUCACGCUUGCUUCAACGCCGGAACGGGAGCGAAGCUAUUUCAAGACCAAGUUGGGGGAUUGGUUAUUACAGGGGGGAGAACAGGCGAAGAGAUUGGGAACGAGGUAUGGGUGGUUCGGGAUCGAGAAAUUGGACAAGGAGCAGAGGGCAGAGCUCAAGAGGAGCGAGCAAGCCGAGAGGGAUGGACAUCAAGAUCAGGGUCGAACGACGAUGGUCAAGACGACGUCGAAAUCAGGAACGAAGGACUUGACUUUGUCCGGCGAUGUGGCCAACCUCGUCGCGAGUUAUGUCGUCGUAAAAGUGAGCUUCGUCGUGAGCGGCAGAUUCUUCGCCGCCUCGAGCACCGAUCACUGAUCACAACUGGCACUUCAACGUCUUCAGGCCCUCUUACCUCUUCGGAUCUAUGCGUCUCUUCGACUCGCACCUACGAUGGCCAACACAGUCAUGCAGAGGUUCCACCGACUACGCGCGAUGGGCAAACGGUACCUGAGCAAGCAGAACAGCGCGGUCGGAGGACCCGGCGCACUUUGA